GAAAUCAUGAGUAUUGAAAAUAAAUUCAUUGUUAAGUUUUUGUUGAUGGUAAUAGCAGUUUUCAUGGUUUCAAUCGAAUCAUCCACGGCGGCGUUGCACCGUGUCGGAGGCAAACAAGGUUGGUACCCUAACGUCAAUUAUUCCGAUUGGUCCGGCCGUGAGCGGUUCUAUGUCGACGACUGGCUCCUUUUCAACUUUGACAAGCGCUACUUCAAUGUUCUUGAAGUGAACCAGACAAGUUAUGACAACUGCAAUGAUCGAGGUUUCAUACAGAACAUAACUCGUGGUGGCCGAGAUGUGUUCGAGCUGACGGAGGCGAGGCCGUAUUACUUUCUCAGCAGUGGUGGCUACUGCUACAAUGGUAUGAAAGUUUCCAUCGACGUUGAAGUUCCUCGAGCUGCCCCGGCACCGGCUCCAGUCAAGAAUGGUUCACCUCCAUUGAUUGCUAUUAGCAUUAGGGUUUUGCUCUUUUUGAUUUCUUUUGCUGUGGCAUGUUUUUAUUAGUUGGUCCAUUUGUUUAAAUCAGACAGUUGACUGUGAUUAAGC